GGUCUGAAUACCGACACACACCGGACGUGAUCGAGUAGGAGUGAACGAGAGAAAACAAGUGGCAAAGUGUGUCGCCAAACCUGUGAGCGUGAAGGGGCACUCCUAACUGACUGAAACGGCGGAGAAGAAAAAUCGGGAAAACAAGGGAAACGAGUUUUAACAAUAACGUAACUAACUUUUGCCGAGGGUAUCGGCAUUUCCAAUAGAUCGAAGUUACAAUUUUCUACACGUUUUCUUGUUCUUUAUUUUUCCUCUUCUUCAGUCCCGUUACUUCAUAACGCAUGUCGCCGGAGACUCGGAUCAGCGUGUGACAAGCUCAUCACAGGAUCGGAGGAGGCUGGGGUACAACUCGGGGCAGCAUUUGGACGUAACUUUUAAACUAAAGUUGAAACUUUUUGCUCCCGUUUUAUAAAGAGUUAUUGCAGAGCGUCGGCACAGAUUUUGGCUUGUGACUAUGGUCGGAGAGAUGACUGAGCAGGUCCGAGAAAGACCAAGGCCCAGCCCGGACUACCUGAUGCAGCUGAUGACGGACCGGAAGGUCAUGAGCUCGUUGCCCAACUUUACUGGCAUCUUCACACACCUGGAGCGUCUCUUAGAUGAAGAAAUAGGUAGAGUGCGCAAGGACAUGUAUAAUGACUCAAUGAAUGGGGGUAUGGCUGCUGAGGGGCGGGACUCUGAGGAGCUGCCCGAUGGGAUUGGUCCAGUGGCCCAGCUGCAGGAGAAGCUCUUCGUGCCUGUCAAAGAGUUCCCCGAUUUCAACUUUGUGGGGAGAAUCCUUGGUCCGAGGGGACUGACUGCCAAACAGCUGGAGGCGGAGACGGGCUGUAAGAUCAUGGUACGAGGAAAAGGAUCCAUGAGAGACAAGAAGAAGGAGGAGCUGAACAGAGGGAAGCCUAAUUGGGAACACCUGAGUGAGGAACUCCAUGUACUCAUCACAGUUGAAGACACACAUAACAGAGCUCAGAUCAAACUACAAAGAGCUACCGCAGAGGUCAAGAAACUUCUCGUACCAGCUGCUGAAGGAGAGGACAGUCUAAAGAAGAUGCAGUUAAUGGAGCUGGCCAUACUCAAUGGAACCUACAGAGACGCCAACAUUAAGCAACCCACCAUGGCUUUCUCCAUAGCCUCUCAGCAGCCACGACUCAUCUCCAGCCCCUCCCCUGUCAUGCAACAGGCUAUGAGAAACCCUGCCCCUGUUCAACAGCCCAACCUCAUGCCUCACCUGAUUCGUCAGAUCCAGAGUCAGCAGGCCCUCAUGCAAGGGGCCAAUCAGCAUGCAGCACUCAUGCAGCAAUCACCUGAAUCAGGAGGAUUCUUCUACGCCCCCUACGAUUAUUCCCCUUACACUCUCACCCCAUCUAUACUGGAAUAUCCCAUGGACACUACUGGAGUAUUAGGUAUGGCCUUCCAAACCAAAGGCUGAGAAAUAAGACUUCUUAGACAUGGACUGGCGCACACACAUAUACACACUGGACACACUUAUCUGAGAUGGGCCGCUUGACUGUGUUAUUAAUGUUUCACUGUUUAAUGAUGUCACUGUUAACCCCUUGUGUUUUGGUGUUGUGGUUUGAAUGGUGAGCAGGAGCGAUGACGGCUAAGGUGCAACGCCACAAUAUGAGGGUCCAUCCUUACCAAAGAGUAGUGACUACCGACAGAGGUCAGUUAGAUCACCAGACAGAGUGAGUGUGUGAUUGGGAACAUGAGUGUAUGUGUGUGUGUAUCUGGGCGUGUGUGUGUGUGUCCGUCAGUUCAUUCGUCAGUUGACAUAUGUUUGAAGCCUGCUAGGAGAGGUGUAGGACCAGAAUAUGAGGAAAGGUCAAACAGUUGGGCUGUGUGUAAAAGACAAACAAGUCUGUCACAAAGCAGAGAGACGGGGUAAUGAUAGGAAUGGGUGAGUCCUUUCCAGGGGUGAUUAUUCCAGGGCGUUCAUAGCCCUAUUGUCAGAUAGAGGGAGGCAUGUGAGAUUGUCUCCUGCUUUUAGAAUGGACUGUUCCCCCCCAUGUGACUGACCUUGUGACUCUCUUGAUUUAGAUUUCUAAGAGCUCUCUUCAAAUACCAUUUCUCUCUCACUCUCCCUCUGCGUCUCUUUCCCUCUCAUUCCACUACUCACUACUGUUCAGCCUUAGAGACAAGUAGGAUUGUCUCUUUUUUAUAUCGUCUUAAAUUACUCCAUUAUUUUCACUGUCCCCCAUGAUGAAGUUGGGAAGGGACUGUAGAUUUGUCUCCCUCCGUAUCUCCGUAAAUAUGUCACAGCGAUCUGGCAUUUAGAGAAUGAUGCUGAUUGGCCAGAGGGUGGUACUGUAACAGCUAUUGACAAUGCUACAUUUGCAAGGUCAUGCCUCUAGCCUCUUUUGGGCAAAAUUUAUGAAAUUCUGUAUAUUGGUCAUCCUCCUCACAAGGAACCACACGGUAUGUUAUGACGGGCACAUAUUUAUAUCUCUUGAUCUGUUUGUCUCAGAUGACUGAUGGAAUCUGGCAAACAUUCUCAGGGAUAUGAGUCUAGAUAACCCAUGCAAAAUCUCAGACACCACUGGCUCUCCUUUGAUUAAACGGAGUUGAAUGAUUCCUUUUUGCCACAGAGAUCCGGCAUUUACAAAUUUGUACUGAUUACACCAAAGUACUCAAAUAUAAUUUGUUAGUCAUGUGAUAUAUCAAUUAGCACAAGGGGGCUGUUGCAUCAUUCAUGAGGGAUGACAUGUUUACUGUUACCUUGUUGAAAUUUGUCAAAGUAAACACAACUUUUUUAUUUAUUUAUAUGGUUUUAUAAUGAUUGUUUUGUAUCUUCAUGGAUAAGCGGCACAUAGUACUUGAAGCUGAAGGAGCCUACUUAUAACCGUAGUCCAUAUCAUUCUAUAUAGUACGUGACCUUAUACUUCUUAAAGGCUACUGAAAUCUGUGUUAUCAGAUCUGUGUCUAAAGCCACUUCUUUGGUUGGGAAUGGGUUAACAUGAUAUACUUCCAGUUCUUGCUUAUGUGUUUUCAAAAGUAAUAGAAUUACUGUCUGACUGUAAAAUAUUUUGAAUAUAACUUUAAGUUAUGAGCAGGGCAUGUUUAUUACAUUGUUGGGGAUAUUUUCAUUACUUUUCUUGGGAUAUUUUCAUUACAUUGUUGUGGAAAUUGUCAUUAGACUUUACUCUACAGAAUGUAAAGCUCUAAUUUAUAUUUAUGAAGAAAGCAAUUCUAAGGGUUGUUUAAGUACCACUUCAUAAUGUUGAAGUGACGUUAUUGUUUUCUUGUCACUAUGAAUCAGUAUAACUGAUCCGGUCAUGCUGUGUAUAAGUCUUAGUUUAAAUGGUGUUUAUAAGACCCAAAGUUUGAGAUUAAAAGCCAGACGAAACCCACAAGCAUAUGCAUUAAAGUGAAUAUAAUUAGAAAAGAUCUGUAUAAACCUGUUCUAAAUUAAUUAUUUCUAAAACCUCAUCUCUUAACAUAUCAUGUCUCUCUGUUAUUGCAGGCCUCUUGGCUUCUCUAGCAAUCAACUCUAAUGCUUAACAGCAGUCUAUAAACCAUCACCAGAUACUUUUAAUCAAUUAAUUGGUCAUCAUUGCAUUUGGUCUUUUCUGUCAAGACACCAUAAUGUACACCCUGGCUGCUGCUAACCAUUAAACGGUAUGUUUCUUAACCCUGCGCUCAGGACCCACCAGCCUUCUUAACUUGCAACUAUUCCACCAAGGCAACGAUCAUUCAUUUGAAUAGAUUAAGACAGCGUGGUCCCCACAUACAGGGUUAAGAAACGUGAUAGUGGUUAGAACAGCUUCAGAUGACACUUUCAAAACCUAAGAGAAAACCGUACCUUCUGCUGUGUCCAUAGUUUCUCUAUGUGUAGUGCAGCUAUUCUCACGGUUACAAAGGGCACAUUCUAUAAUGCCUUCGUUAGCAGUACAUAAGCAUAAACUCUUAUAUCAUGUCACUUACUAGAGAUGCCAGACAUUAUGUCAACUUUCAGAUGUUGACUUAUAAAUGCUUAUGUGGUGCUUAUGAAGGUAUCAUGUAUGUUCACGGUGUGUUUGUGACUGCCGUAGUUCGUUUACGUUGUCAUCCUGACACCACUAGCUGACACUAAUCUCUUUCUAUCUUUUUCUCUGUCUUUUUUUUGUUUCCUUCAUUUCUUUGUGUCUGUCCGUCUGUCUCCUAACCCCCCCAGCUGCCACGGCAACUAACCCCUGACCUCUGUGCCCACUGAUGACCCUCUCGUCUCAGCCCGUGGCUCAUUCGUUGCCAUGCUCUGGAUAGCAGCCAGACCCCUCCCCCCGGAGUCAACUCUGCCUAACCAACCAGAGACCAGUGGCCAUGGUAUCAUCCCUUCAGGAUCCAGUUAGGACCCAGUCACCACCCACACCCAUCCAAACACCACAGUAUCAAGCCAUGUGUCCCUUCUAUAGGAAAACCAACAGGCAAACCACCGAACCCCAAACCAACCUACCAUCUUGCUGUCACCAGGCUCUAUUCCUUGGCCAGUGAAGCUAGAAUAUUACAAGAGUAACUCAGUAAUCAUAAUAACAGUCAUGUAUGAUCAUAAUUAUACCUCUCCAGGACAGUGACUAAAUAAGUCUGUUCCUGUUUUCAAAGCAUCGCGGUCACACAAAAAACUUAAGAUUUGAUCACAACGUGCCUGCUUGCCUUUCUAUGGGUAACACUACACUUUGCCGGGUGCUACAGAGGGAAGAGUCUGAACCACAAUGUUGGCUUUACCAAUACAGUAUUAUAUGAGUCUGAACAAAGUGCCUAUUUUGUUCCAGUAGAGAAAUCCCUUACUGACCAGAACAGCCUUUUUAUGAUAGAGAUUGAGUCUGUUUUCCAUGAAAGAAAAUUAACCUCAGACCAUAUUUUCUGUCUCAACAAAGUGAAAGAGAUGUAGUGGAUUAUACAGGAACCAUCUCAAUGUUGUGGUCUAACACACGCCUACACUUGUCUUUUUGAUUUAGAGUGAAGUGCCAAGAAGGGUCAGUUUCUUCCGUUAGUAUAGUAGAACCUCCUCAGAACAGUGUUAAUGUUUUGUUUAUUUUCUUUGGGGAGCGAUGUGUAUGUACAUUUGUGUGUGUGUGUGUGUGUGUGUGUGUGUGUGUAUGCGUCUGAAGAAGCCUGUUAUAUAGUGUUGUAUUAUUACAUGUGUUAUAUACCUGAGCUCCUAACUCGCCUCCUGCCAAGCGGUUGUUUUUACUCCACACAAAUCCUCUUCAAGACAAAACAUGGACAUACAGUAUUUGUAACAUCUGUUUAUAAUAUACUUUAUUUAAUUUUGUAUGUGAAAAAUAACAUUAAAUGAUGUUUUCAGAUAAGAACAGUGUGCCUUACAGAUUUAUCAGAUUCAGUUUAGGAACUAACUUUGCCUUCAACCAAUGUGCCAAUCACCUAGUGCCCAGGAUUUUUUUAUGUUCUGAUAUUUUGGAAAACCUUGAAAUAUUCUGGAAAUCGUUUGUUUAUCACAUCAAAAUCAGUGUUGCUUACCUUUAGUGCCUUCUAAAGAAUUAUUAUUAACUCCGUAGUAUUGUAUAUUAAUCUACUAUUUGUACUAACUGACCAGUCCUAUACUGUUAACCUCUCUACUCAUAUCUGUCAAUGCUUUGGUUUCUUUUAAACAUAAACUGUGUGAAUCUGAGAAUUAAAAGGUGUGUUGAUGUUUAACUUUUUAAAAGCUGGUAAAAAAAUAAUAACUUUGUACUGGAAAACAAUAGUACAUUAUUAAACUGAUAGUUUAAAAAAACUAACAACUUUGUCGCUUUUUCUCUGUAGCUUCCUUUGUUUUCAGGGAGCUUCAUUUCUGCAUACUAAUCUUAGACACACUGCAGAUACUAUUGGAAUACUCUAUAUAACAUUUUAGAAAUAGUGUGCUGGACAGAAACCAAGUCCCCCUCCUCUCUCUUUCUUUAUCUCUUUCUGUUUCUCUGUCUGUCUCUCUCCCACCCAGAUAAGUGGACAGUUGGGAUGGCUAGAUGAGAUUCCAGGUUGGAUGAAAUCUGAAGCAAAUCGAUUUUGCAACCCACCCUCUCACACAUCCACUUUUACCUACUCACACUCAGAAACACACAUCUGCUGAGUGAAUUAUACUGGAGCACCGGCUCGCCCUAACAUACAGUAUCUCUCAUUUCACCGUUAACUACUGGCAUGUGUCAUAUUUUAACUGUUGCAGACUCCUCUCUUGCCCUUGGUUUCUCUCUGUCUUUCAGACAGCAUUAACAGGGCUGCUCCCAAGCACACAUAUAGUAUGACCUAUAAAAUAUUUGGACUUAGGGGUGUCAAUGAACUUUGUUCUCUCCCCGCCCUUCCUACUCUCUCAGGGAGUAGCAAGGUAAUGGAGCCUCCGGCUUGGCUCUGUGCACUGGAUACUGCCCGGCAGCUGUAGGAAGAGAAAGAGCCUGAUCAGGCAAUCCGCUGGUCUAGAGGGAGCCUGAUCUGGCAACCCACUAGACUAGAGGAGGCCUGAUCUGGCAACCCACUGGACUAGAGGGAGCCUGAUCAGCCCAAUGGACUAGAGGAGGCCUGAACUUGCAACUCACUAGGCUAGAGAGAGUCUGAUCUGGCAACCCACAGGACUAGAGGGAGCCUGAUCUGGCAAUUCAUUGGACUAGAGGGUCCCUGAUUUGGCAACCCACUGGACUAGCGAGUGGGCGCAAGAACAUCAGUAUAACAUUCCAGUGGAAGGAGUGUGGGGUAGAAGAGAAAGAGAAUGAGUUGGAGAAAACAAGGAUUUGCCUUUCCCUUAUGUCUUGUUUUCCUAUUGCGUCAUUCUCCCAUUUGGGGGUUGAGGCAGAGGCACCUAUCAGAAACAUCUAGAAUGCUGUGUGUGUGUGUAAUGUGUGUGUGUGUGUCUGUGUGCGUGUGUGUGUUUGUUUGUGCGCGCGCGCUCUCUCUUUAUUUUUGCUGACUGCUGCCCCUGUCUUCUUUCUCAUUUGAUCUGAUAUUUAGUCCAGGAUCUCUCAUCCCAUCGCCAGAACAUCUGCUAAUCUAUUCUACUCUCUGUCUAAUGCUGCCUAUUGCCAAAAGCCCACAUUGUUCCAACACACACAUUGCACUGAGCUUGUUUAAAAAGCCAUAACUUGAUCUUUGUGCCUCCAUGGUUACAAACAUAAACACACUAGGGCAGGGUCCUGUUCUGAGCUAGUUUAGUCCAUAGUUCAGUUUAGCAAAAGAAAGAGGCAGGAUCAAAUAUAGUAAAGAGUACGGACCAAGCCAUAGGGCAGUGGAGGAUUUCCUCAAGCCAUGUCGCAGCAAGUGUGUAUGUAGAAAAAGAAUAAUAUAAACAUGACAUCACAGCUAUUUUUCUCACAUGCACAUUGUCUUUUUGUACCCCCUCCUCCCUCCUGGUGAUUGGCUGAGGUUGAGCGCUUGGCUGGCCUGUGUGGGUGUCCGUGCAUGUGUGUGUGCAAGCGUGUGCGUGAGACUGAAUAGGGUAUUGUACCAGGCCAGCGGGUCCACAAGGCUCCCAUACAGAGACAACACUUACUCACGGACUGUGCCUGGCAGCUUGAACACACACACACACACAGACACACGCACACACACACACAAACAACAAUGGUGGUCUUCAUUGCUCCACUUGCCCACUUGGACUGGGAUGAAUACAUAAUAACACAAAUGACUGCAUCUAAAUAAGAUGUUUUCUUAUUCGUUUUUCGUCUUUUUUUAUUACCAUAAUAAAUUAAUUCAGAGACCCUU